AUGAGAUUCUUCACUCUGGCUCUUGCCCUCGUUGCCGUGCCGCUCGCCAUGGCCGAGCCCAUCCCGGCCGACGCCGGUUGGGAUACCGAACCGGCGCUUGUAGCCCGCAAUGUUCUCCUGCAUCCAAGGGAUAAUCUCCCGACAUGCUGCUCGACUGGGUUCAAGGCGAGCUGCGACUGCGGUAGCUGUCCAAUUCUGCAGUGCGCGUAUGGUGGGAAGGGUUGCAAGUGUUAA